GGGCCAUUGCAAUAGCCGGUAUUCAGAAUGACAAGCCCCUUUGGAUUUAGCAGCAGGGACUCAAGUCUAAUCGGCUAAACUCGCCUCCUACCCCUCUGAGCUGACCGGCGGGAGAGCCAGCAUAAGUGUCUACGACGUAGUCAUUUUCUGCCAAUCCGUUUUACACGAUGCCAGAAAAAGACACACCUUGGCCAUUUCGACCUUUGGCUGGCCGAGUAAAAAUGAACGAGGAACUGGAAAGACUACUGAACUACUCGGCAUGCGAGAUCUCUGACGCGCUGCUGACCUUGGGCGUUCCGGGCGCCGGCUUCCUCCCUGACAUUGGGCCCAUAAACACCGGGAACAAAGUGGUCGCUCCAGCAGUGACAGUUCUCUUCGUCCCAAGAGCGUCGCCCUCCUUCCCCACUCUCAUCCCAUCGGACUUUAGUACUACCCCGGACUCCAAUAUCCCCGAUGGAUCGAUCUACGCCGACAUGGCCCUCCCCGAUACAAUUGUCGUAAUGAGCCAGCCUAGGGGCACGAGGACUGCCACAAUGGGCGGGCUCAUGGCGGCGCGCAUGAGGAAAAUCGGAGUGAAGGGUAUACUGGUCGACGGACGGGUAAGAGAUGUGAAGCAACUUAGGGAACUGGUGGACAUCCCGGUCUGGGCGCGGGCAACGAGCAUCGUGGCAACGAGGGGGGAGUGUAGAGCGCAUGCAGUUAACGUGCCGAUUCAUAUUGGAGGCACAAGAGUUGAGCAGAGAGACAUUGUCAUGCUUGACCCGGAAGACGGCUGUGCUGUUUGCAUUCCAAAGGACAAGCUCGGUUUAGUGCUGGAGAUGGCCCCUAAGUUUGCAGUGGAUGAUGAGACUAAGAUGCAGCGGGUUAUGAGGGGAAUGAAAGUCGAGGACGCAAUCAAAGAAAGCAUAUAGGGGAAAACCGUAUUUGGUUUCAAGAGCCCAAUACUUUUUCCCUCGGAUUUGGUAGAGAAUUAGGUUCGCUGCCACGGUAUCUGACGUUAUAGUUCGAGUAGCUACAAGUUCAAAAUGCCCUGGCAUAGAAACUAUAUUAAAAUUAUAAAGUCCGCAGGAGCUAUUGCCUUAAAGAUGAAAGCCAGUGGUCACUUAAACCAGG